GAGACAAGAAAAAAUUGAUAAUUUCAUGUUGCUAUGGUUAGAAGGAAAGUUAUUGAUGGUAGUGAAUGCAGUUCGUGUUUGCGGUGAUGAGGUGACACUAUGUGGCGCGAGUGGCGCUGGCUCCUGGUCUUGCUGAAUGCCGUGGCCGCUCUCUCGCCUGUCAUCAAAAUUGGCGCUAUAUUCACAGAAGAGGCACGCGGCGGCAGCGCAGAGCUCGCUUUCAAGUACGCCGUGUACAGGAUAAACAAGGAGCGCAAUCUGUUACCGGGGAGUACACUCGUCUACGACAUACAGUACACGACAUCUAGAGACACUUUUAGGACUUAUAAGAAAGCGUGUACGCAGAUCCGCGCAGGUGCUGUUGCGUUAUUAAACAGUGCGGGACCACUGCUGGGCGCAACUUUAGGCGCUAUGUGUAGGUCUUUACACGCACCUCAUUUGACAGUAGCACAUAAUAUGCCUGAAUCAGUUAAUAGAUCGGAUUUUUUCACAAUUAAUUUGUAUCCAUCACGGGAUCUUAUGGAUAAAGCAUUUGCGGAACUGACGGCCUAUUUAAACUGGACUAGGAUGGGAAUCAUAUACGAGGACUAUGGAUAUGGAGAAAUAAAUAUAUUGAAUAUGGCGAGUGAUGGUCGCGACAUGUAUACUGUCCGUUGCGCGGACUCUAAGGACUAUCGGCGCGGGCUGCAGCAACUGAAGGCGCAACGGAUAUCGCACAUUAUCGUAGACACCGACCCGAAGCAUUUGAGACAGUUCUCUAGGGCUAUCCUUCAGUUGCAGAUGAAUAACGAAAAUUAUCACUACAUUUUUACAUCAUUUGAUAUGGAACUAUUCGAUCUGGAAGACUUCUACUACAACCGUGUCAAUAUGAGCGGAUGGCGGCUGGUUGAUCGAGACUCCGAUAAAGUGAAAGAGGCGUUACAGGUCAUGCAGAAGUUUCAUCCUAUUGGUGCUAAUAUACUUACUGGGGGACAUAUAAAGACUGAACCAGCUCUCCUGUACGAUGCAGUCCAGAUCCUCGCGUUAGGGUUGGCUUCCACUAAAGAAGUGCAUACAGCCAACAUGUCCUGUGAGAGCGGCAUGGCCUGGAUACACGGGAAGACGUUGAGGGAUAACAUUAACAAGAUCCAAGCGCACGGUCUGACGGGACCUAUCGAGUUCUCUCACGGGAUCCGGACUAAGUUCAAACUGCAGCUGAUGCGGCUGGCGGGGGGCGAGGGGGGAGGCGCGGUGCUCGCCGGCAGCUGGGAUCCGGACGAAGGUCUGCAGCUGUCAGACCCGGCGGCGUAUCGAAGAGACCCACCGCCAAAUGUCACCCUCACUGUGGUUACUGUCGAGGAGAAACCAUAUGUGAUGGUGAAGGAAGGUUGGAAUCUUCAAGGCAAUGCGAGGUUCGAAGGUUUCUGUAUAGAUCUUCUAGCGCGAGUGGCUGCAAGAGCCGGUUUCCAUUAUACUGUACGCUUGGUCCCUGAUAAUAUGUACGGAGCAUGGGAUCCUGAUACUGGACAGUGGAAUGGAAUAGUCAGAGAGUUAAUGGACAGGAAAGCUGACAUCGCAGUCGCCUCUAUGACCAUAAACUACGCGCGGGAAGCGGUCAUAGAUUUUACAAAGCCUUUCAUGAAUCUUGGAAUCGGGAUCCUAUUCAAGGUACCAACAUCUCAGCCGACGCGUCUCUUCAGCUUCCUCAAUCCGCUGGCAAUUGAGAUCUGGCUGUACGUUCUGGCUGCGUACAUACUUGUCUCCUUUACACUCUUCGUUAUGGCCAGGUUCUCGCCUUACGAAUGGUCUUCGAGUACUCACGUCUGUGGUCAUGAAACCAAAUUAUUAACCAAUCAGUUCAGCGUGUGCAACUCCUUCUGGUUCAUCACUGGUACUUUCUUGAGACAAGGCUCCGGUCUUAAUCCUAUGGCCACAUCAACACGUAUAGUAGGCGGUAUCUGGUGGUUCUUCACGCUGAUCAUCCUGUCAUCGUACACGGCUAACUUAGCUGCCUUCCUGACGGUGGAGAGGACGGUACUCCCGAUACAGAGCGCGGCAGACCUCGCCGCGCAGAACCAUGUUCAGUACGGCACGCUCAAUGGAGGGUCUACUAUGACGUUCUUUAGGGACUCCAAUAUAGAUAUUUAUCAGAAGAUGUGGCAGCAUAUGUCGACUGCAUCACCGCCAUCACUGGUCUCUUCAUACGAGGAGGGCGUGAGGAGGGUCCUCGCUGGGAACUACGCUUUCCUUAUGGAGUCUACAAUGCUAGACCAUAGGGUGCAGAGGGAUUGUAAUCUUACGCAGAUUGGUGGAUUACUAGAUUCUAAGGGUUACGGGAUAGCGACAUGGAAAGGCAGUCCCUGGCGUGACAGAAUAUCUCUCGCGAUCCUGGAUCUACAGGAAAAGGGAGUUAUACAAAUUCUGUACGACAAAUGGUGGAAGAACACCGGAGAUGUUUGCAAUAGAGACGGCAAGGAUAGCAAGGCGAAUCCACUGGGAGUUCAGAAUAUUGGCGGUGUCUUCGUCACGUUGCUGUGCGGACUAGCGCUGGCCAUUGUGGUCGCUAUACUGGAGUUCUGCUGGAAUACAAAGAAGAAUGCAUCACAUGGCCGUCAGUCGUUGUGUAGUGAGAUGGGGCAGGAGCUAAGAACAGCAAUGCGCGGUGGUUCCUCUCGCACCGUACUCAGGCCCGGCUGCUCCCGGUGCUCGCCGGCAACUCAUGUUCCACCCGCACCUUCUAGAUAUGAGAUGCCGGAUGCGUCCAGUACUGUAGAACUCAAGGAGCUGCGGUGGUCGUAGCGCGGGGCGCGCGGGCCCGC